GGGAAGUUUGUCCAUUGUGCAGACUGUUAACAGAACACAGACGACGAUGCGUGCAACUUGGAUAUUUUUGGCUGUUUUGGCCAUUGCCUCGGCCCGCACUUUAAAGAAACGGGACGAUGGAGAUGACGAUCAUUGGGUUUCGGCGUUUCUAGCUGGCAUGAAUAAUGACUACACCGAUGCCCAAAAAGAAGAAAUUUUGGGAAAUAUUGCUAACGAUUUGAAACACUUCCUUGGUGUGUUGGACAGAGCCGUCAAAGGCGAAAAUGUCGAACAGAACAAGAAUGACCUUGUCAACAUGCUGUCAGGAGCUGCACAUCUUGUAAAGAUGCACGAACAAAAGGCUGAAGAAGGCCACGUUAUGAUUCCACCAAAACCAGUUACCAUCCCGGCUGGUUGUACUAGAGCUGAUGUCGAGGCUCUCGGGGAGUGCGAUGCAAUGGUCAGACGUGUUUUAGAGUGCGUCCAGGGAGGAGCAAGAGCUAUGGUUGCCAGCCUAGGAGACACAACUAUCUCCUUUGAAGACAGAGUUGGCGAAAUGAAAUCAUUUAUUAAUAAAGUUGCUCAAGAGCUCGAUGACAUUAAAAUGUUGUUUGGACAUUGUUCCAAGCCAUAUACCCCAGAACACUGGAUGGAAGCAUGGAAAUUGACUGAUGCAGAUUUGAGCAACCCUGAUGACGUAGAAGCGAAAUUCAAGAACUUGGGAAUGAAAAUUUACAAUGAUGUAAAGGAGAUAAGAGAUAAUCUGGACAUUCUUUUGAGCGGAGCUGGCACUGAACAGGAGUUCAAGAAGGCUGAACGACACCUUGCAGCUGCCGUUUCAUUGGCUGAAUUUCACGAGAAGGAAGGCGCUGGCACUGUUCAACCAGACAGCGUUCCCAUUGACGCUGAUUGUACAAAAGAUGAAAUCAACAGUCUAGGACAUUGUGAUCUUGCACUGGUUAAAUACACGAAGGGUGUCGUUAUGAAUGUUGCCAAAGUUCCAAAACUACUACAAGAGAUUGAGAGUUCCUGUUCACAAUUGGACAUUCAACACUGGGAAAAGGCUUGGAUGAUUACUGAGGAAGAACUAAAAGACCCAGCAAAUAUGGAAAAGUUUAAGCAGUUGGGAAUGAGAAUUCACGGUGAUAUGGUGAAUAUCCGCGAUAACUUGGUCGCACUUCUGAGUGGAGGAGGUGACAUCGAAUUAGCUCUGAAACAUCUGGACGCUGCCGUAAAGCUGGCUGAACUUCAUGAACAAAAAGGUGGGCAGUCCAUUACACCAUCGGUUCUUCCAAUUGCAUCCGGAUGCACAAAGGAUGAAGUUCUCGCUUUGGAUGGAUGUGAAAAACGAGCCAUCAGAAUUGGAACUUGUAUUAAAGACACUGUUGACAGUGUCAUUCAUCAAAUGAGAACAAACACUAAUGUGGUUGAGAUUGCCAUGUUUACAAAGGGAUCUGUUCUAAAUAUUGCCAAAGCAGAUGCCAUUGUGAAAGAUGUGAUAGCCGGAUGUGAAAGUGAGCACAAAGAAAAUGACAAGAAAAGAGAACUCGUUGAUCUCCUGAGAAGAAUUCUGCAGAAAUAAACCAAAAACUUAUCCAUGUCACUAUAGAAAUGCCAAACCACAAACCCGAAGUGUCACUCUUUAAUUGUAAAUGUCCAUAGCUCAUCAUACCUACCUCAUGUUCUAACAUGAUAUUCAAUUGUCUCAUUAAUAAAAUUGAAUUGAUAUUUCAAAACCA